AUGGGCUCCCGCCGGGACGACGAGGAGAAGGCGGCCACCGCGGUGGACGGAGUACCCCUCCCGGCGGCCUCUCCAAUCAAGACACGGAGGCACGCCGGCGACGUGCACCUCCUGUCGGCCGCCUUCUUCUUCCUCUUCUCCGCCUACCUUCCGACGCAGAACCUGCAGAGCACACUAAAUACCGAUGGCGACAUGGGCGCCGUGUCGAUGGGGAUCCUGUACGUCUCCUUCACGCUCUUCGCGGUGGCGGCGUCACCGGUGGUGAGGUGGCUGGGCGCCAGGCUCGCGCUCGUCGUCGGCACCAGCGGCUACGCGCUCUUCAUCCUCGCCAACCUCCUUCCAACAUGGUAUACAAUGGUACCAGCUUCAGUGUACCUUGGUUUUACUGCGGCAAUCAUUUGGAUUGGGAAGGGAACAUAUCUUACCUCUGCUGCCCUCAGUCAUGCAAGAGACAAUAAUCUACCUGAUGGCCCGGCCGUAGGAAGAUUUAAUGGAGAAUUCUGGGGAGUGUUCGCUAGCACGCAGGUCAUUGGAAAUCUGAUCUCAUUUGCUGUACUCCAAAAUAGAAAGGGUGGCGGAACUGUAACAGGAAAAAAUCUGUUGUUUCUUGUGUUCCUUGGCUGCACGGUUAUCGGCAUUGUAUUAAUGUGUUUACUGUCCAAAAGAGAUGAGAAACAAGAUCAUUCUUCAGCACACUCAUCGUUUGGAGAUAUGUUGAAGUGUAUUGUUGCCCCUCUCAAGGACAGAAGGAUGCUUCUUUUAAUUCCUCUUAUGGCAUAUUCAGGGUUACAACAGGCAUUUGUAUGGGCUGUAUUCACAAAGAGUAUUGUGACACCUGUGCUUGGCCUAUCUGGAGUCGGCGGCGCCAUGGCAGUAUAUGGUGUAGCUGAUGUAGUUUGUUCAUUGUUCGCUGGACGUUUUACUUCUGGGCUUCAGUCAGCAACAUUUAUAGUGUCAGUCGGAGCCAUUCUUCAGGCUGUAGUCCUCUUCUGGCUGCUUCUCUUUUACCGCCCAAUGGGCGGACUAGUUGGUGCAGCGGCUCCACUAUUGAUAGGUGCCUUAUGGGGUGUUGGUAACGGAGUCCUGAACACACAGCUAAGUGCUUUACUUGGGUUGCUCUUCGAGGACGUCAAGGAGGCAGCUUUUGCACAGUUUAGGGUCUGGCAAUCAGGUGCCAUGGCAGUCAUCUUCUUCCUCAGCCAAGUCAUCACACUGCAAGCCAUGCUUAUCUUGAUGUCCACAUCGCUCGUCGUCUCUUUUGGCUCGUUCCUGACACUAACCCUUGUUGUCGACAAGUCAUCAUCAACCAUCAGAUUGUCAGGCUAUUAA